CCAACAUUCUAGUAGAAAUGUUAGUGUUUUCUAUGGAACAACCAUGAGCUGGACUUGGUUCUCAGGAUAUCUCCCCAGCGGAGCUGUGUCUCAUUGGAACAGCUACGCUGGCAGAUGGGAAUAUCCUUGCAUUGAACCAGACUGUUCUGCUGGCUUCUACAGCCCCAGCCAUGGUCCUUACUGCUAUUACCCAUAUGGAAACAAAGAAUACUCCACCUCUCAGUUCUGGAUUUUGGUAAACGGACAUGAUUUUGAAUCACUGAGCUGGAAGGGGGGUUCAUGGGGUAGUGUCCCAUCCAACUCCAUCAACACCUGCGCAGAUGUAAGAUUAUAUGUUGGUAAAAAUAAGUAUGGAUUAGGGAAAGUGGACAGUAAAAAUGAAGCCUUCUUCCUCGGUUACAAUGGCAAGGAGUACUGGUAUAAAAGCUAUGAUGUCCUGACCAUUAUUAAAGACUAUCGCUCUCAGAGCAUCUCCAAUGUCAGGUACAUGCUAAACCAGGGAUCAUACACUGAAUCAGGCAUGUCCAUAGUCUCUAGCAAAGUUACCAACUACGAUUGUAGGACAGUGAAGAAGUCCACCACCUUAUCAGGAACCGUGACUUCUGAACAUACCUGGGAUGUGGGCAUUUCCUUCUCUCAGGACAUAAGCUUUAGCAUGACAGCAGGGAUACCUGAAGUCCUGGGAAUUUCAUGGGGCAUUUCAUCAGAGAAAACUUUCAACUGGACUAAGGGCUACAUGCGCAGUGAAUCAAUCACUUACUCUGAUACAGUUGAAGUUGAAGUUCCACCCAACCACAGCUGUGAAUUGGAAAUGAAUGGCAUGAAGAUGAGAGCUAGUAUCCCCUUCAACGCGACUGCUACUCGUUACUAUCACAGUGGAGCAAGCCGGAGUGCCUCCAUCCAAGGUUUCAGUCAUAAUGCAGUUGUGGCUCAGGUACGAACAGUGAUUAAGAGGUGUGAACCCAUCCCAGAUGCACCUCCAUGUAAAACACCAACCCCAGAAGUGAUCUUCUAGCCAGGUUUAUAAUUGUGUUCUCACAGCAUGCUUAACCUAGCUCCUGAAUUAAUCUAUUUCAUAGAUUCCCUCACUACAUUGAAUUUACAAAAUAAGCAGAUUUGUUCAACACAUUCGCCAUUAAAAAUAUAUAUUAAUUAAAAUUAAAUUUAGCAUAUUAUAUGAAUGCAGCCAUUAAGUCUUUAUGACUGAUGCUGACAGCCUGAAUAUUCUUCACUGGAAAAGAGUGAUAAUGAAAUCAAUAAUACCUAAUUCCUAUGACCAAUGUUUGGGAUCAAAGUCCCGCUACAAAAAGUUGCUAUUCGCUUUUUGUGUUCAAUUUGCAUUUUCUAGUCUUUAUCUUCUCCUCCUGUUCCAAUGGUUGAUCUUACUUUUGAAGUCUCUUUCAUUCCCAGUGAAAUACUGUUAGUGCAGAAAGUAACAUUAAAG